UUCGUAUUCAUGAAUGAGAGGGAUAUCCAGAAAAAUAAGCUUCCAUUUUUGGACUUCCGGUGCGUGUUCUGAGACAACCCACACGACACUUUCGUGAUUCGAUAAACAGACAGGCGUAUGUAUGUAAAUACGUACGCUCUGUUGCGUAUAAAUAUACGAACGAUUUUUAGACUUUAAUAAAUGCUCGAUGAUUUUUGAGAAAUUGUAACAGAUUUUUAGAGAAUAAGAAGUUCCAAGUUCUAUAAAUCGUAAAAAAAAGAAAAAGAAAAAGAAAAAAAAAGAGAAAAGGAAAAAGAAAUAUAUUUAAAAAAAAAAUUGUUGUUAUAUUAACGCGAGAGAUUGAGAUGACUGAAUAAAUUGUUUUUUUUUUUGUUUCUUUAUUCGUUCAAGGACAAAAGAAAGAAGAAGAAGGAUAGAAUCUUCAGUACCGUUGACCAUAGGAAAGAAGAAUUCGUAAGGCUCUCAACGAAUGAGAAUAAGAAGGAGGUGUAACCAUGGCCGGCAAGUUUUGCGAGGGACGCUCCCUUCUUCGGCAACUAGGUCUCAUUUUAAUUCCCCUUCGAAAGAGACGAUCGGCAAGCAGCUGUCGCCGUUUGUGUGAUACACAGGUCACUGUCCAACUCUUAAGUUUCGAGUUGGAAAAAGAUUUGGAGCGAACACGGAAGAAAUAAUGAGGGAGUUGCUAGAAAAGAAGAUCUUGAAAUCAGGGCCUUAUAGGCCGAAUUCCGGUAAGGACGUUGCGCUCGUUACGAUAUCUAAGGAGAAGGACAUUAGAAGAGAUUGGAAAAACGACGCACACUUGUAUAAACCGCCACCAUAUAUUUUAGGAUACACAGGAUACAUACCUGGCUUUAACAACAGGUACGGUCUUCCCUUUAUGAGGGCGGUCGAGGAGGGUGCAAAAGAAUGGCACGAAGUUCAAAGUAAACUAAGGGCACGUAGGGACGUGAUGAAAGCUCAGGCUGAAAGGACAGACUCGAGAAAUCUUUUAUCACGUGUUAGAGCUGAUAAUGUUGCCGUUGAGAUUGACCAUGGACAAGAACGAGAACGAGUUAUUUUUGAUUGUACUCUCUCUCCGGAAAAACCACCAAUCGUUGGCUACACAGGACACAUUCCUGGAGCAAAAGGUGAAGUUGCACUUUCCAAAGGAUACACUCAAGCUGCUAAAAAGGGUUUAGAAUUAGUAAGAAAGGAGCGUGAACAAAGACUGAAUAAAACGAAAAAUGUUCAUCCUGUUCAGAGGGUACUCGAUGUUGCUUGUGUCGAUGAGACUGGUCAUACGAGAGCAUAAAAGAAAAAAGAAAAAAGAAAAAAGAAAAAAGAAAAAAGAAUUCUAUAUUUUAGGAAAUAUAUGUGUAUGUAUUAUAAUCUUUAUCUUUGAUACAAGAAAUAAGAUUUUGUGAGAAAAACAAAAUAGAAGAAGAAAAAAAAAAAAGAAACAAUACAAAAGUUCAUAAAUUUUGACAUACAAAUGAUAAGGAUAUAUAUCCUAUCUUCUCAUAUUUUUAUUCAAUAUGCCGAGAGCCUCUAUAAAUUAUUGAUUUUAUCAGUUAUAUCUUGGCUAUUAAAUAUUAGCCGCAAUACGUACUUAAAAUUCGCCGAUCGAUAUCUUAUGCCAGCAAAAGUGGAUCAAAUAUAGAUCGUGCCUUAUCCAUUUUAAUGUGGGAAAGAAGUUAAGAAUUAAGCACGAAAUAAACAAUAAAACUUU